UCAUAGGCAUAGUACCUGCUUUACACAAAGUCACACAGAGACAUGCAGUCGACACCAUCAGUGUAUCGUACUGCACACACGCUGUCAAUACGGUCCCAAUGGAUUUAGUUGCUGAAAUAUGCUAAAUUUAAGUUAGCAAAGACUAUCGCUAUGACUGUACGGAGCUGUGAACCCUUUACACCACCAACGAACAGGUUUCUCGAGUGACUGAUGUGAGAACUACAGUUGACUGUCUCUUCAAAUGAAGAUUACGUUUACAACCUUGGAAGUACACGCUUGCUCUUUGAAAUCCCUCCGUCACUGAAGGAAAUUCUUUUGUUUGGAAAUUACAUGCGUUUGGAAUAUCACCUCACUCAUCUGGAAAGUAUCAUACAUCUGCCCACGGGUGGAGCCGUUGCGAUGGAGCCACUGCUGGUCGGCCAGGAAAACCCGUUGUGGAAGGAUGCAGAUGCAGUAGGGACUUUUCGACUGUGUUGAGGGGGACUGGCGUUUUGUAAGAAGACAGAGACGUUGUUUGAAAAAAGCAGAGAAUAAAAGGAAGAGCUGAGAAAGAGCCGUCAGAAAAAACGUUUCUCCACGCAAAACACAUGUCGCCAUAUCAUUACAACCGAAGCAUAACGAUGUGGUCCGAAGUGGAAACUGGACACAAGGAACUUCAGGAUUUGGGGCGUAACCCCCCACCGAACUGUUCAGCAGGUCCUGUGGGAGAUGACUUAUUUCACUGGCAGGCAACUAUAAUGGGCCCACCAAAGAGCCCAUAUGCAGAUGGUAUCUUUGUUUUGAAAAUUGACUUCCCAGAUAGAUACCCCUUCAAACCACCCAUGGUGGUCUUUACAACAAAGAUUUAUCAUCUAAACAUUAGCAGCAAGGGAAGCAUCUGUUUAGACAUCCUAAGGUCACAGUGGUCACCGGCCUUUACGAUCUCUAAAGUGUUACUGUCAAUCUACGAGCUCCUCAUCAAACCCGACCCAGACGACCCCUUGGUUCCCGAAAUAGCCAGUAUAUAUAAGACUGAUAGAAAGAAAUACGAAGAGCUGGCCAAGGAGUGGACGCAAAAGUACGCCAUGUGAUCAGCCGCUCCCCCUAAACAAACAAAAGAAAAUGACGAGUUUAAAGGGCUCAGCAUCAACAAACGGGACAAAUCCACAACCAAGGGACUGUCAU